GUGUCAUAAUCUGGUCAAAACGCAAAAACAAAAAGCAAAAACAUUAAUUUAACGUAACGCAGUUUUAAUAUAGCUUUUACAUGUAUAAAUUUCGCUCUUAAUGAUAUCCUUAAAGAGUCGGUAGAUUUCAUAAUGAGAACGAAAAAGUUUAGAUUAAGUUUACUCUUUAGUAUCAUAGCAUUUCGCUAACGCGAACACUUUGUGUCCAUUCGGGUUUUCUGUUGAAUUUUUUUCUUUUUCAAUUUGGUUGUAAAGUAUUUGUAAUCACAAUGAUUAUAUAUUAUCGUUGAUUACAUCAUAUGAAAAAUAUAAAAAAGCUUAGUUAUGAUUAAGUGAAAAGUUAUAAACUCACACGGACCUCUUUAUGCCUAAAACUUUCAAGUUAUUUUGGUCCAGUUAGAGGAGAAGCACAAAUUAAACAUGAAAUUCUUCAAGCUUAUAGUCCACCAAUCAAGUUUCAGCCCUGAAGAUCUGAUAAUUAAUCUGAAAGAUUACCCUGGUUUGAAAGAAAAGGAUAUUGUUGAAAUAUAUCAUCCUGAAAAUGAUUAUCCCAGGUUACUCCUACAGGUGCCAAAGGUGGAAGCACCCAGUCGGGCAGUUAAAGAUACUAUAAGUGUGGAACAAAGUAUAGCAACAACAUUUCAACUGAGAACAUUUGCUGAUGUUUAUGUCAACAUUGUUAAUGUAGCUGAUGUGGCAUUAGAUUCAGUGGAAGUUACGUUCAAAGAUCAAUAUAUGGGCAGAUCAGAAAUGUGGAGAUUAAAAAAUCAUUUGGUGAGCACAUGUGUGUAUUUGAAUAAGAAAAUAGAGUAUUGCGGAGGAGCUAUCAGAUGUCAAGUUUAUGAAAUGUGGUCUCAAGGUGACCGUGUUGCGUGCGGCGUCAUUACUGAAGAUACAAAGAUUGUAUUUAGAUCUUCAACAUCUAUGGUGUAUUUGUUCAUACAAAUGUCAUCUGAAAUGUGGGACUUCGAUAUUCACGGAGACUUAUACUUUGAAAAGGCUGUCAAUGGCUUUCUGGCUGAUCUUUUUGCAAAGUGGAAGAAAAAUGGCAGCAAUCAUGAAGUAACAAUAGUUCUAUUCUCUAGGACAUUCUACAAAGCAAAAUCGUUGGAAGAAUUCCCACAACAUAUGAAAGAAUGCUUACAGAAAGAUUACAGAGGGAGAUAUUAUGAAGAUUUUUAUAGAGUGGCAGUACAAAAUGAGAGAUAUGACGAUUGGUCAAAUGUAUUGCUUCAGUUAAGAAGACUGUUUACGGACUAUCAGAAGAUAGUUCUCCAGUACCAUGAGAGAGCCAAUAUGGAGAUACCAACUGCCAUCAAUUCUACCGCUGCUCAGGGAAAUUUCCUUGAAGUGUUGAAUAUGAGUUUGAAUGUGUUUGAGAAACAUUACUUGGACAGAUGUUUUGAUCGUACUGGCCAAUUAAGCGUAGUAAUAACUCCUGGUGUAGGAGUAUUCGAAGUAGACCGAGAAUUGACUAAUGUGACGAAACAAAGAAUCAUUGAUAAUGGGGUAGGCAGUGACUUGGUGUGUGUUGGCGAGCAACCUCUACAUGCAGUGCCAUUGUUGAAGUUUCACAACAAAGAUAGCGGUGUAAACUCAAUAGAUGAUUAUUCAAUGCCUCAUUGGAUUAAUUUAUCAUUUUAUUCGACUAAUAAGAAAGUUGCUUACUCAAAUUUUAUACCGAGAAUAAAGUUGCCCCCGAGGAUGAGUCAAGAGCCGUUGAAAAAGAUGUAUGAAGAUGAAGUGAAAGGAAAGUUGGUUAAAGAGGAUGAAUAUAUGCACAAUUCUAUAUUUGAUUAUGAUGCAUAUGAUGCACAAAUAUUUCAGUUGCCGCCUGCACAUAGUACAUGUGUUCAAAGAGUACAUACGCGCACAAAGAAGACUUCAGUCGCCGGUCUUGAUAUAAAUAGCCGUAAAAGUCCGCCGACGUCAGUUAUACAUCACAGGAAAAUGUCUGACCCCGAUAUACAUCACAGCCUCGGAGAUAUGCUGACUGGAGGAAAUAAAUAUGGUGGUCUCGAAUCUACAAGUGAUACGACAGAUUCUCCGAGUUCUAUAAAUCGUUUGUCACCGCGUAGUUCGAUAUCGUCCAACAAGCCUGUGAUCCGCACCGGCCGCGCCCUCAUCAACCCCUUCGACCCUUCACAUGUUAAAGUUAAAUUAACAAGUAAUAGAAGGCGGUGGACUCAUAUCUUCCCAAAAGGUCCAAAGGGUGUUCUAAUCCAGCAACAUCAUUACCAAGCGCGGCCCGCCGGCGAGCCCGCCUCCAGAAAUGACGACGACUGCUGUGAGAAUGGCACCAAAGACAACGGACCCUCCAUUCUUAAUAAUCACCCUGUAUAUCAAGUCGAUGGUAACAUAAUGAGUAGUCGUAAGCGCAUGAUUAGUGCGUCGGGCGCGCUCGGCGUGCUGGGCGCGAGCGUGCUGAGUGCGAGCGGGACGGGUAUAGGCGCAGGUGUGUUGGGUGCGGGCGGGACGGGAAUAUCUACCACGCCCUCUACUACGAACAAUGCGUCACUCGCACUACUGUGGGGAGCUACGGGAGAACAGGAAUGGACUCCUGCGUUAACUACAGCGAACCAAGAAAUAGGCGUUGAUUGGAAGUCCCUGACUAUCCCGGCCUGUCUCCCCAUCACCACGGACUACUUCCCGGACAAGCGGUCCCUGCAGAACGAUUAUCUCGUGUCCGACUAUAAUUUGCUGCCUGAUGACGUCAACGCAGACUUUGCACAGAACCGCGCUAUAUACAAAAAACCGCUAACCACCAACGAAGUGUUCAAGGAACUUGUCUCACAGAGAUUGGCGCAAGGUUUCCAAUUAAUCGUGGGUGUGAAUGAGAACGACGUGAUAGAGUCUCACUGUCCGUCGACGCCGGCGCCGCCGCCGUCCAAAGUGGCCCCGCAGUGCGGCAAGCCCGCCAGCGCGCACACCAAGCGCUACCUGCUCUCCAUCGGCAGGAUAUUCCACAAGCUCACACUGGUGGGCUCCACCAUCACCGUCACUAGGUACCGACCCAGACACCCCUACCCCCCGUUCAACAUCCACUACCGGUAUCGCUUCCACGCGCCGUACCACGACACGUACGAGGUGUCGUGGGUGUCGUUCACUACGGAGAAGCUGGAGAACUACAGCUGGAACUACAUGGACCACUACAUCUGCACGCGCGGCGACACUGACUUCGCACUCGAAGAGGUAACGUCAUUAAAAUACUGGAGAUUCAGGACCCUGUUACUGCCGCUGAGUAACGCGGCCACCAAACAGAUAUUGGAGGACGAGAGCGCGCACUGCGACAUCUACCCCGCGCCCUCCGCACACGACCUCGAACAACUCACUGACGGAUUCCUUAAAAUGACUGAAUUAUACUUCAAUAAAGUUAAACGACCUAUCAAACAGAGGAUGGCGCUGCCGGCGGGCGCGGCGGAGGCGGCGCCCACGCGUCGCCGGCACUCCACCUCCAUCUUGACGCGGAACGCGCAGCAGGGCGGUGUGAGUUCGCCCUUCAGGGAGCGCGUCGGCAGCACCCGACUGCCGGAUCGGCCGCGGCUCCGGACUGAGGCCAUGGCGGCUGCCAAGACAGUGCUGGAGCGGACACAAUCACAGACAGGGGAAACUGAAGACACGUAUGAUGAUGGAGUGAUAGAACCAAAGUUAAAAUCAAACUCUAGUCUAUCAGAGAUAAUAGAGCGCAUGCGACAUCCGACGUUAGGCGUGGGCUUCCUGCAGCAGACGGUCAGCCUGCCCUCGCACGCCUUCGUCUCUAUAUACGCUAUACACUGGCUGCAGGCCAACAUGGAGGCCGUCACAUAUGAUAAAGCAACCACCAUCAUGGAGCGGAUGUUGCAAGAGAAGAUGAUUUGCCAUGCAUCAGGUGAUACGACAAAACGCUUUGUGGUCGGUUACUAUAUGUACCAUAUUCUGCCGCAGAAGAAAGAGAAAGAACUAAGUGACUACGUGAAGCCGCUCGGAGAUCUGCAGAGCUUUGAGAACGAGUGGAUGGAAGUUGAAGUGUUAGGACCGCGGUCUCCGCUGGCGGGGGCAGGGGCCGGGGCAAGGGACAUCGCAGGGGCAGGUGCACGGGACAUUGUAGGGGCGGGGACACGUGACGUCACCGGCCUUCCCGCCUUCCUCGCGCCUAACAUCGACCCUAGAUACAUGAGCCGAGCUGCUGAUACUGACUUGCCUCUAUACAAGAACACGCACCUGGAUAUCGACGUGAGCAACAAGAGUGACCGCAUAGAGUGGGGGCACGCGCGCUACCAGGCGACUUUCAGGCCAGACCAGGCCUAUGAGAUGUGUAUACAGUGGGCCGUCGCCAGCGGGAAUAUUGUCGCUGAACUGAUAUUAGGAUGGGCUCGUAAAGCACAGAACUGCCGUUUGCAAAUGGUGCCAAUUCCGGCCGAUCCGUUGGCGUUACCUUUUACAUUGAAAUCGGAUCCUCUGCGUGGACCUAUUUAUGUGCCGCUCAAUGAAGAGCCAUUGCUGAGAGGGAAGAGUGCUCUGUUUGAAGGUUUCCCGGAGGAGACGUGGGAGGAGCGGCUGUUCCUGUUCCAGGAGGCGAUCGCGUGCCGCUUCGGGUUCACGAAGUGCGUGGAGAGCACGGUGCACCAGGGCGUGGGCGACCAGCUGUACGUGCACCUCACCGGCAACAUGUUCCUGCUCAUCCCCACCGCGCCCGCGCCGCACGGCCGCGCGCUGCGCAAGCCGCCCAACAGGCUGCUCAACGCGAACAGGUACCCGGUGCACACGGACGUGGCGGCCAGCCCGCACAAGGGAUACAUCUCGUGGCACGUCAGUGACAAGAAUAAAGACGAAUUCGACAACAGCCGACGGUUUCAGAUGGGUUUCCUGUGGUCGUGGAACCACAUGAUAUCUAAGAAGUGGAAGUGGCUGCAGCCAGCGACGGGUGACGAGACCUUCCAAAUGCGAAUGUUGCGGGACUUCAAGCACUUCUGUGCGAACCACGAGCAGCGUCUCACGCAGUUCUGGGACCACUGCUGGGACCAUUGCUGGGACCACUCUAGGGACAUACACGAACACGCCGGAAUUAAGUCCUGAUUAUACUUUAUGUAUGCUUUAACUAUUGUUAUGUUUUAUAUUAAAGGCUGUA